CGGGCGGGGCCGCGGCGGCAGCAGCGGGAGCGCUCUGUGCCGCGCGGGGCAGCGCAGCCCGCGCCUGCAGAGGAGGGGUCCUGCCCGCCCGCCCAGGCCGGGCUCCCCUCCGCGCCUCCCGCCGGACGUGCUGCGGGCAGAGGUCUGUUGAAUGAGAGUUUGGAGUUGAUACAGUUCUGGUUUUCAAUGAUGCGGAAAAUAUGAGAAGAACAUAGUUGCAUUGUUGGCUACCAAGUAACUGUAGAAGGGACUGGUGAAGUUUUCUCUGUGCUGUUGUGUUUUGGAAUUCCCUGCAAACUUCUGCGGUAAUUUGUUGUUUCAGGAUCUUGAGUAGCAGGAUGGAAGAACUCUGAUAGAGACAGAGAACAGGUCCUUUCAACAUGGAGAACGUUCCGGUUGAUGGGGAGCUGGAUAGAAAUUCACAUCAUGGUGAGAACAGAGACCCUCCUGGACCAUCAACAGUGGUAACAAACAGUGAUGACCAGCCUAUAACUCCAGGAAGAAUGAACCAGCAUCAGGGGAGAGAAGCCUAUUUUACUCCAACCAAAGAUUUACACCAACCAUGUCUCAGUCCAGGAACUGCCCAUAGCCAUGGUUUUGACAAAGGGAAGGACGAUGUGUCACAAAAAGAGGAUGCAGCAUAUUCUAUGUCAAAAAGCAAGUCUGAAUCCAAGCUUUUCAAUGGCUCUGAGAAGGACAUCUCUCAAUCUUCAAGCAAACUUACAAAAAAAGAAUCUCUCAAGGUUCAAAAGAAAAACUACAGAGAAGAAAAGAAGAGAGCCACGAAAGAAUUACUUAGCACAAUCACGGAUCCCUCCGUUAUUGUUAUGGCUGACUGGUUGAAGAUUCGUGGUACCCUGAAAAGCUGGACCAAACUGUGGUGUGUACUGAAACCAGCAGUGUUGCUCCUUUACAAAACUCCCAAAAAUGACCAGUGGGUAGGAACAGUGCUGCUGAAUGUUUGUGAACUCAUCGAGAGGCCUUCUAAAAAAGAUGGCUUUUGUUUCAAACUUUUUCAUCCUUUGGAGCAGACCAUAUGGGCUACAAAGGGUCCUAAAGGUGAAGCAGUUGGUGCUAUAACUCUGCCAUUGCCCAGCAGUUACUUGAUCAUCCGAGCCACUUCAGAAUCAGAUGGCAGGUGUUGGAUGGAUGCUUUGGAGCUGGCACUGAAAUGUUCAAGUCUGCUUAAGCGUACAAUGACUAGGGAAGGCAAAGAACACGAUUUGAACUCCUCAGCCGACAGUACUCAUGUCUCUUUCUACGGUCUGCUCCGUCCUAACAACUUGCACGGUGGAGACAAUUUACAGUUAAAUGACAGUGAAAUUGAGAGGCAGCACUACAAAGAUCAAGAUACAUACUCUGACAAGUCUGAUAAGGAAAAUGACCAUGACCACGAGGAAUCUGAUAACGAUGAGCUGGGGAAAAGUGAAGACAGCGACAGUGACACAUCGGAGCGACAGGAUGAUUCUUAUGUUGAUCCAGAACCAAUUGAUAUCAAGGAAACUACUUAUGUAGAACAGAGUCAUGAAGAACUCGGGGAGGCAGGUGAGGCUGCUCAGACAGAAGAAGUGUCAGAAGAAAACAAAAGUUUUAUCUGGACACUACUGAAGCAAGUCCGACCAGGGAUGGACUUGUCCAAGGUUGUACUGCCUACAUUUAUUUUGGAGCCUCGCUCUUUUCUGGACAAGCUCUCUGAUUACUACUACCAUGCAGACUUUCUGUCUGAAGCUGCUCUUGAAGAGAAUGCUUACAACCGCAUGAAAAAAGUAGUGAAGUGGUAUUUGUCAGGAUUCUACAAAAAGCCAAAGGGACUAAAAAAGCCGUACAAUCCUAUACUUGGAGAAUUUUUCCGCUGCAUGUGGAUUCAUCCAAGGACAAACAGCAAGACUUUUUAUAUUGCAGAACAGGUGUCACAUCAUCCUCCAAUAUCUGCCUUCUAUGUUAGCAACCGCAAGGAUGGAUUUUGCCUUAGUGGUAGCAUUCUGGCCAAAUCAAAAUUCUAUGGGAAUUCAUUAUCUGCCAUACUAGACGGAGAAGGACGGCUAACAUUUCUAAAUAGGGGAGAAGAUUAUGUAAUGACAAUGCCAUAUGCCCAUUGUAAAGGAAUUCUGUAUGGAACCAUGACCUUAGAGCUUGGAGGAGUAGUCAACAUCACCUGUGAGAAAACUGGCUACAGUGCAACAAUUGAAUUCAAACUCAAGCCUUUUUUGGGUAACAAUGACAGUGUUAACCAAAUAUCAGGGAAAAUUAAGCUUGGCAAAGAAGUUCUGGCUUUUUUAGACGGUCACUGGGACAGUGAAGUUAUUAUUAGUGAGAAGAAGACAGGUGUUUCAGAGACAUUCUGGAACCCAACAUCUGAGAUGAAGCAGCAUAGAUUACAUAGAUAUACUGUGAAGCUUGAAGAGCAAGAUGACUUUGAGUCAGAGAAGCUUUGGCAACAAGUGACAAAAGCAAUAAAUAACAAAGACCAAAUAAAAGCUACUGAGGAGAAAUAUGUUCUGGAAGAGGCUCAGAGAAAGAGUGCCAAAGAGAGGAAACUUAAGGGUGAAGAGUGGACAUGCAAGCUGUUCGAUCAGGAUUCAGUCACAGGAGAAUGGCACUAUAAAUAUGCUGAUACCAGACCAUGGGACCCUUUGAAUGAUAUGAUCCAGUUUGAAAAAGAUGGCACAAUCCAGACAAAAGUUCGACAUCGGACACCAAUGGUUACUGUCCCACAAAUCAAACGAAAGCCAUCCAGUUUGACAAAAGGAGAGUGUGGUUUCUCAUCCCCAGAGCCUGAUAACCAGGAUUCCUCUGGGAGUGAAGCUCAACUUACGAAGCAUAAUACAAGAUUAAGGAAAAAAGGGGCAGACCUUGGUGAACUGCAGAGUGCCAUUGAGUCUGUAAAGGAAACACAGGAAGACAUUAAGAGGGAGAUCAUGGAGCUACGAGAUAGAGUCACUUCUAAUUCAUCACCCGGGGACUACCAUUCCUUGCAGUUUAAGCACUAUGUCUUCAUUGUACUCAUGGUUCUGCUACAGCUUAUCAUUAAUGUCUUGUUCAAAUAAGAAGUGUGAACAAGG